UUUACUGAUUUGUGGUACUUUUAUCAGGAUGGAAAAAUAGAAGCGGAGGUGAAACUAACCGGGAUUUUUAGCUUAGGAGCUUUACAACCUAGUGAAUCUAGAAAAUACGGGACUACAAUUGCACUUGGACUCUAUGCUCCUGUUCAUCAACACUUUUUUGUUGCUAGAAUGGAUAUGUCCUUUGACUGUAAGCCCGGUGAAUCCCACAAUCAGGUGGUUGAGGUGGAUGUUAAAAUUGAAGGACCAGGAGAUGCAAAUGUACACGACAAUGCGUUCUACACUGAAGAAAAACUGUUGAAAUCUGAACUCGAAGCAAUACGUGAUUGUAAUCCUUCAUCUGCCCGACAUUGGAUUAUCAGGAACACAAGAACUUUAAAUCGAACCGGUCAAUUGACCAGCUACAAACGAGUAGCUGGAUCAAACUGUUUACCAUUAGGUGGGGCCGAGGCUAAGUUUUUGAGGAGAGCUGCUUUUUUGAUGCACAAUUUGUGGGUCACACAAUAUGAACCCGAAGAAAUGUUUCCUGGUGGAGAGUUCCCUAAUCAGAAUCCACGUGUCGGUGAAGGAUUGGCUACUUGGGUUAAGAAAAAUCGAUCUCUUGAAGAAACGGAUCUGGUUCUUUGGUAUGAUCCACUGCCCUUUGUCAUUUAUAUUGGAUUAUGACUUGUUUUGUAACUAU